AUGCAAAGACCCACUAAGGAUGACUGUCUGAGCCGUGUAACAGGUCAGUCCCAGGUGGUUGGUCCAUCUCAGUCAUUAGUAGCAUUGGUUGGUGUUGACAUCAGUUUGCCAUGCUACCUGGAACCUGCUGUGGAUGCUUCAGACAUGACAGUGGAGUGGGCGAGACCUGACCUGGACCCUAGGUUUGUCCAUGUGUGGCGUGAUGGUGCGGUACUGGAGAAUAAAAAACAUCCGUCCUACGACGGAAGAGCUUCACUCUCUAUAAACAACCUGAAGCACGGAGACAUUUCACUGAAACUCUCCCAAGUGAAACUCUCUGAUGGGGGAAAAUACAAAUGCUUCAUUCCUACUUUGGGUAGAGAAUCUACUGUUGAGCUUUUUGUUGGUGUCGUCUCAUUCAUAACAAUCAGCUUAGUGAGGACUGAGAAAGACAAAGUCAGCAGUGGAGAGCUAGAAUGUACAUCUGAAGGCUGGUAUCCAGAGCCUGAGGUGUUUUGGCUGGACGGUGAGGGAAACCUCCUCUCUGCUGGACCUACAGAGACAGUCAGAGGUCCUGAUUACCUCUAUACUGUCAGCAGCAGAGUGACUGUGGAGAAGAGACACAGCAACAACUUCACCUGUAGAGUCCAACAGAAGGACAUCAACCAGACCAGAGAGACAGAAAUCCGAAUUCUAGAUCCCAAGAUGCACCAGAGAGAGCUGCUCAUCAGAGGAAGUACAAAAGUAAAGGAUUUGGUUCAGGAAAGCUUACAGGAGAAAGAGGAAGAGCAGAAGGACCUGGUGCAUGUGAUUUCAGUACUGAUGCAACAGAAGAAAGAACUGGAGAUCUUGAGGGACAAACACAUAUCACAGCUGACGGAGGUGGAGGGAGAGUGGACAGAGAUUGAGAAGGAACUCAAGCCAAUAAAUAGUAAAUACAGUUGGAAAAAAGAGGACAGACAGCGCACUCUAUCAGAUGUCAAACUGGAACUGGAAAAGAAAAAGACAGAAUACAAUAAAUCUUUACAGAGCAACGUGGAAACACUAAAGAAAACAGAGGAUGUGAUUACAAGAAUGACGGAAAAGAAGAAAAAAGUAGAAAACCAGAUUGAUAAAAUUAAGGAACAACUUGAGAAGACAAAGAUAUGA